GAUUAGUGGCUUUUGUUUCGGAGACGCCGUUUGUAAUUUAUUGUCAUUUUCUCUCUCUCCUUUUUUUUUACUCUCUCCACUCUCUUGGGGUUCUCGGCGGCGAGAGGGAAAUUGCUCUUCCGGUUGUGAAAAGGGCGUCGAUUUUUUAGGUCAAAUAAGUGUUGGCACAAUGGUGAGGAAGAAGAGAAGUGAACAACAUGGGGAAGGAGAGACUUCUCAGCAAGCUGGUGGGAGUGGUGGAAGAGACGGAGGUGGUCAACCUAUGCCACCACAACAGCCUACUGGUGGUCACCAAGGUGGAGGUAGGGGUUGGGGGCCUCAGGGACAAGGGGGCCGUGGAGGAUAUGGUGGAGGCCGUGGUGGACCUGGUGGUGGCCAGCGUGGUGGCAUGUCCUCGCAACAGUCUGGUGGACCUGUGGAGUACCAAGGCAGGGGUGCUCAGCAGCAACCACGUGGUGGUGCCCCACCUCAGCGCCGCGGUGGUAGCAGUGGUGGUGGUGGCCGUGGUGGUGGACCUAUCAGUGGGUCUUAUCGCCCUUCAGUUCCCGAGCUGCACCAAGCUUCCCAGGGUUCCUACCAACCUGGGGGUCAGCCUCCUCAAGCGAUGACUCCCGGAAAGCCGGUGGAACAGGCUGAGGCCAGUUCUGCUGUGUCGCCUUUGCAGGCCGAAUCAUCAGAGGUUCUGCAGCAGUUUGAACAAUUGUCUGUUGAAGAACCAUCUUCUCAGGCUAUUCAGCCUUUGCCUGUUAGCAGCAAGUCAGUGAGGUUUCCUCUCCGACCUGGGAAGGGUAGCACUGGAACCAAGUGCAUUGUAAAAGCAAACCAUUUUUUUGCUGAAUUACCUGAUAAGGAUCUCCACCAAUAUGAUGUCUCGAUCGUACCCGAGGUGACAUCGAGGGGUGUGAAUCGGGCUGUUAUGGCCCAAUUGGUGAAGUUGUACAGAGAAUCUCAUCUCGGAAGGCGACUUCCAGCUUAUGAUGGAAGAAAAAGUCUUUAUACUGCUGGCCCUCUACCAUUUACCAUUAAAGAAUUUAGGAUUACACUUGUUGAUGAGGAUGAUGGAUCUGGGGCGCCAAGGAGAGAGAGAGAGUUCAAGGUUGUGAUCAAGCUGGCUGCACGUGUGGAUUUGCACCACUUAGGCAUGUUUUUGCAAGGUAGACAGGCUGAUGCACCCCAAGAGGCUCUUCAGGUUCUUGACAUAGUAUUGCGUGAAUUGCCCACCACUCGCUACUCACCAGUAGGCCGUUCAUUUUAUUCCCCCAAUCUAGGGCGGAGGCAGCCACUGGGUGAGGGUUUAGAAAGUUGGCGUGGAUUUUAUCAGAGUAUCCGACCAACUCAGAUGGGCCUAUCUUUGAAUAUAGACAUGUCUUCCACUGCCUUCAUUGAGCCGUUGCCUGUUAUUGACUUUGUGACCCAGCUGCUGAACCGAGAUGUUACUACUAGGCCAUUGUCUGAUUCCGAUCGGGUCAAGAUUAAGAAGGCUCUAAGAGGGGUUAAGGUUGAAGUUACACACCGCGGAAAUAUGCGCAGAAAAUAUAGAAUUUCUGGACUUACAUCUCAGGCAACAAGGGAGCUCACUUUCCCUGUUGAUGAAAGAGGGACAAUGAAGUCAGUUGUGGAGUAUUUCUAUGAGACUUAUGGGUUUGUCAUCCAACACACACAGUGGCCAUGUCUACAAGUUGGAAAUACACAGAGGCCAAAUUAUUUGCCCAUGGAGGUGUGUAAGAUUGUUGAAGGUCAACGAUAUUCUAAACGGUUAAAUGAAAGACAAAUUACAGCUUUGCUGAAGGUGACUUGCCAGCGUCCUCAAGAGAGAGAGCGUGACAUUCUUCAGACUGUCCAUCACAAUGCAUACCAUGCUGAUCCAUACGCGCAAGAAUUUGGAAUUAAAAUUGAUGAGAGGCUUGCCAGUGUUGAAGCACGUGUUCUUCCUGCACCAUGGCUCAAGUACCAUGAUAGUGGUAGAGAGAAAAACUGUCUCCCCCAAGUUGGUCAGUGGAAUAUGAUGAAUAAGAAAAUGGUUAAUGGGGGAACAGUGAACAACUGGUUCUGCAUAAACUUUUCACGAAAUGUGCAAGAUGGUGUUGCUCGCAGUUUUUGCUCUGAGCUUGCUCAAAUGUGUCAUAUUUCUGGAAUGAUGUACAAUCCAGAACCUGUACUUCCAGCCAUCUCUGCUCGCCCAGACCAGGUUGAGAAGGCUCUGAAAACUCGAUAUCAUGAUGCCAUGAGUGCCUUGACUAAAUUACAGCAACAGAAAAAAGAGAUUGACCUGCUUAUCGUCAUUCUCCCUGAUAACAAUGGCUCUCUCUAUGGUGAUCUUAAACGGAUCUGUGAAACUGAACUUGGAAUUGUUUCUCAAUGCUGCUUGACCAAACAUGUGUUUAAGAUGAGUAAGCAAUACUUGGCAAAUGUUGCUCUGAAAAUUAAUGUGAAGGUUGGCGGAAGGAAUACUGUCCUUGUUGAUGCAUUAUCAAGACGCAUACCUCUUGUUAGUGAUCGACCAACCAUUAUAUUUGGAGCUGAUGUUACCCAUCCUCAUCCUGGGGAAGACUCCAGUCCAUCAAUUGCUGCUGUUGUUGCAUCUCAGGAUUGGCCCGAAGUAACGAAGUAUGCGGGCCUGGUGUCUGCUCAAGCACAUCGCCAGGAACUUAUUCAAGAUCUGUACAAAACCUGGCAAGAUCCCAACCGAGGCCAAAUUACCGGAGGAAUGAUAAAGGAGCUUCUUAUAUCUUUCCGAAGAUCAACAGGUCAUAAACCGUUGCGGAUUAUAUUCUACAGGGAUGGUGUGAGUGAGGGUCAGUUUUAUCAAGUCUUGCUGUAUGAACUUGAUGCUAUUCGAAAGGCAUGUGCUUCAUUAGAGCCGAAUUAUCAACCUCCUGUAACAUUUGUUGUGGUUCAAAAGCGUCAUCAUACAAGACUGUUUGCUAACAACCAUCAUGAUCGAAACUCAGUUGACAGGAGUGGAAACAUAUUGCCUGGUACUGUUGUUGAUUCUAAGAUAUGUCACCCAACUGAGUUUGACUUUUACCUUUGUAGUCAUGCUGGUAUUCAGGGUACUAGCAGACCAGCACAUUACCAUGUAUUGUGGGAUGAAAACAAAUUCACAGCUGAUGAGUUACAAUCCCUAACUAAUAAUCUGUGUUAUACGUAUGCAAGGUGUACCCGAUCUGUUUCAAUUGUCCCACCAGCAUAUUAUGCCCAUCUUGCUGCAUUUCGUGCUCGCUUCUACAUGGAGCCAGAGACCUCAGAUAGUGGUUCGAUGACAAGUGGUGCUGCUGGUGGUCGUGGAGGUAUGGCUUCUGCAGGCGGGCGAAGUACAAGAUCUCCUACUUCUAAUGUUGCUGUACGACCUCUUCCUGGUCUGAAAGAUAACGUUAAGAAAGUCAUGUUUUACUGUUGAGUCUUUAGUGUGGUUUUCCGUGAUAAAUGAAUUGGGCCUCCGAGCCUCAGAGUUCGGCUACUGGAUGUUGUGUAGCGUGAAUUGGGUUUGUGUGUCUUUUGAGCACUUCUCUUUGAAGUACUUUGACUACAUAUUUUUGUAAUUUUCUUUCAUUUAUGUGUCUGAUAUUCUGUGAGCUGAA